CGGUUGUUGAUGUCGCUGUCAGAAGUCAGCCAAAGCAGAGAGCAGCUAGCAGGUGACAAUGCAGUUCUUAGGCCGGCUGUUGGACACAGUGUCCUCUGUGUCCACCCUCUUCACCAACCCCUACCGGGUCAGGGAUGUGCAGCUCUCCGACUACGGUGGAGGAGGCAAAGUUCUGCUGAAGGAAGAGGGACGCAUGGUUCUGUACAGAAACACCCAGUACCAGUCAUGGGACUGCCUGCUUAUGUGCCCUGAGAUGCCCAAUGUGACUCUGAGGCUGUUCCAGGUGGCGUCAGAGGAGGACGCCAUGAACUGGUUCCCCCAGUAUGCCCUCAAGCUUCGCCCCUUCUAUGAGACACUUCCUCUGAAGGCUGAGACCACUCAGCCAAUUGUGGACUGUAUCCGCAGCCAUCCGGACUGGAGUUCCGCCCACAUCGCUGUGGAGACAGGCCUGAGAGAGUGUCUCAAGCAUAACUAUGUCCAAAGUCAGAUCAAUGCUCGGGAUGUCUCUGGUCAGACACCGCUGCACCUGGCGUGUGAGCGUGGAGACACUCCGUGUGUGAAGGAGCUGUUGGAGGAAAGCCAGGCUCGCACUGACAUCAAAGACCGUAACGGAGAGACGCCCAUGCACUGUGCCGCCAAGCAGGAUACUCCUGCUAUCAUUCAGGUUUUGUGCUCGCGGUUGUGCUCGGGGGUGAAUGAGCUGAACAACAAUGGGGAGACGCCGCUCCACGUGGCCUGCCGUCUGGGUCGCGUGGAGUCCGUCAAAGCUCUGUUGGGAGGUGGGGCCAAGUGUGAUGUCGGCGGCGGUGCAGGCUACGCCAUCCACAGCGCCAUGAAGUACAGUGAGAAAGACUGUGUGGAGGAGAUUCUCAAAGCGGACCCAGGACAGCUCCAGGCUGAGGACACUAUGUAUGGAGGGACGCCUCUCCACUGGUCCAAAACGGCUGAGAUGUGUCGUAUUCUGCUGGAACACGGCGCUGCGGUGAACUACCUCAGUAAGACCGGAGAGAGCGCCCUCCAUAUUCUGACAAAGAAAGGCCGCUUUGAGGCGGCCAUGGUGCUGCUCACCCACGGAGCGAACGCCAACCUGAAGGGCCAGGAUGGAAACACAGCCCUGCACCUCGCUAUGAAGAUGGACCACAUGGAGCUGAUCAAAGCUCUUAUUGUGUUUGGGGCUGAUGUGGAGAUCCACAACGACCUGGGAGAAACACCUGGACUCAUCGCUGCUCGCACCAGCAAAGGUCCUAAUAGAAAGAUACUGCUGGACAUGCUGUGUAGCGUAGGGGUCCAGCGGUGCCUCCCACCCUCCCCUGACAGUCCUCCCCCCUUCUCCAACAAGGUCAAGCCUGCAGGCAUAGGGUUUGAGGAGAUCAUGUAUGCGGGGGCAGCAAUCAGCGCAAUGAGCAGAGGCACGUCUGAAGUGGACGGUCUCAAAAUGGAGCAAAGGAAGAUGGACAGACUGCUGUGUCUGGAUGGCGGAGGUAUUAAAGGCCUGGUGUUGAUCCAGAUGUUGAUCGCUCUUGAGAAAGAGGCUGGUCGGCCCACCAGAGAGCUCUUCGACUGGGUGGCUGGCACCAGCACAGGGGGCAUCCUGGCCCUCGCUAUAAUCCAUGGUAAGUCCAUGGAGUACCUGCGCUGCCUCUACUUCAGGAUGAAGGAGCAGGUCUUCAGGGGGUCCCGACCUUAUGAAUCAGCACCACUGGAGGACUUCCUGAAGAAAGAGUUUGGAGAAAACACCAAGAUGACGGAUGUCCGAUACCCCAGGGUGAUGGUGACCAGUGUUCUAGCAGACAGACAUCCAGGCGAGCUGCACAUCUUCAGGAACUAUGACCGUCCCUCCGUCCGCAGAGAGCCCCCAUAUGCCACCACUGCCACGUUCAAGCCCCUCACCAUCCCACAAGGAUGGGAGGAUGAGGAUUUGUUGAUAGUAGGAUACACAGAGGAGCCAACCAGAAAGCGUAGGAAGGUGACUGAUGAAGAGCAACUUGUGUGGCGAGCCGCCCGCUCCAGCGGCGCUGCCCCCACCUACUUCAGACCAAUGGGCCGCUUUCUGGAUGGAGGGCUACUGGCCAAUAACCCGACGCUAGAUGCCAUGUCAGAAAUCCAUCAGUACAAUAAAGCUUUAAAAGCUGAGGGCCAUGGGAACCAGAUGAAGAGGUUGGGUAUCGUGGUCUCUCUUGGUACAGGUAAACCUCCUCAGGUGGUGGUGAGCUCUGUGGAUGUUUUCCGGCCCUCCAACCCUCUGGAGCUGGCCAAGAGCUUCGUAGGAGCCAAGGAGCUGGGCAAGAUGCUGGUGGACUGCUGUACAGACUCUGAUGGCUGUGCAGUGGACAGAGCUGCAGCCUGGUGUGAAAUGAUUGACACCAUCUACCACAGAUUGAGUCCCCAGCUGACUCAGGAGGUGAUGCUGGAUGAGGUGAGUGAUGCGGUCCUGGUGGACAUGCUGUGGGAAACCCAGAUGUACCUGUACGAGAAGAGGGAAACCCUCCAGUCCCUGGCAAAGGUGCUACUGGACAAAUGAAAGCACAAGAACAUCCAAAGGAGAGGCUGCAAACAUGGAACCAUGAGAGCAAAAGGAGAUGGAGAAUAUAAUGAGAGGAAAGGAAAGUCAAAGAGUGAUUGUAGGCACAAAGAUUGGUGAAAACUUGUGUCUGAAACAAGACUGUAAUGUCUGUGUUUGUGUGCUCUUUCUUUCAAACUCCUCAACAUGGUCACAAUGACUCGUAUAUAUUCUCCGAAAUGUCAGUACACAGUAGCAAAAGUGUGAAUGUGUGAAGACAGAAAAGAAAACGGUUGAAGAGCGACUGACUUAAUGUAGACUAUUGCAAGGCAACUUAUGUAGCAUCAUGUGUUUAUUAUUUAUUUAAUAUAUUAUUGCUGACCUUAUCACUUAUCAUGUAACCGCAAUAAGUUUAAUGUUUGUACAUAAACAAGUGAAGAAGAGUGUAGUGUUACCUGUUCUUGAUAUGUGAAUAAAAGGGGAGGAAGUGGUAUCAACCAAAUGAAACUGGGACACUGUCAGCUAAAUGUCUUUAAAAAAAUUGUAACACUUCUUCUCAUUCCUCCUUCUCUUCUUCCUCUUUUUAGUACCGUCACUCAUUAUGCUGAUUGUUUCAUGUAUUUAAAGGGACCCUGCAGUAUGACUACAAAACCUGCAGUAUACUGUAGCCCAGCUUGGAUAAUGGUGAUCGUGAACCAGUUCUGCCUUAUGUGUCUGGGCCUCACAUUUAUACUGUUU